AUGAAACUCCUUGGUCCUCUUGAAUUUUCUGAUAUGAAUUUGGGUCCACCGAAUAAAAAUUCUUCCAUAUUAUGUACAUCAUCACGAUUUACUGAACGUUCAUAUAUAUGUGGAUAUUUAGGAAUAACUGGUUUAAUUGAUGAAUAUCCAAUAUUAUCAACAUUUUUUGAUGCUGAAAUCAUUUCUAAACGUUAUCCAUUUUUAACACGUAAAUGGGAAGCUGACGAAGAAGUUGAUAAACAACAUUGGAGUAAAUUUGAUGCAUUUUUACCUUUUAUUGAUACAUUUAAUAAUGAUUCAUUUGAUUAUGAUCAAUUAUUAAGAGGAAAAAAUUCUGAUUAUGUUUUUAUGAGAUGGAAAGAACAUUUUCUUGUACCUGAUCAUACUGUUAGAGAUAUUACUGGUGCAUCAUUUGCUGGCUUUUAUUAUAUAUGUUUACAAUUGAGUACAGGAAAACUACAAGGUUAUUAUUAUCAUAAUUCAUCUGAAUGGUUUCAAAGUUUAACUUUGGAACAUGUACCACAAAAGACCUCAAGUGUCUUUCAAUUUCGUUAA